AUGGUAAAUCCACUUUGCACCCUUCCAUCACUCACUGACAUCAGAAGAACAAAGCGCCUCAAUGCUCCCACAGUGCGGCCUCUCUCCUCCCCCUCGCUGAAGGGGAGGGUGUUGGUUCAAAGCCCGCGGUGGCACCAGGGCAGUCAUCUCGCUGCUGGUAUAAGGCAAAGUAAAGGUCGACCCCUCCCAGACUCCCACACACGGCUCAGGACUAUGGCCUCCGGCAGCGGGCCCUCGCACAGCGCCUUCGGACUGGGCAGGAAGAAGAAGAGUCCCGGCCUCAUGGACCAGAUCAGUAAAAUAUUCGCGGGGGACAAGAAGAAGCGGAGCAAGGGCUCGUUCCGAGGCCACACUUCACCUCAAACGUCUUCCACUCGACGUAAACCAAAUGAAAACGCUGUGGUCAAGUUCUUCCGGAGCCUCGUCGCCUCUUCUCCUCGUCCUAAAUCCAGGGUGAGUUUUGAAUCCGAUCAUUGUUUUCAAAUAGUUUAUUAUGUCUGA